UUGCGGUGUGUGAAUAUAGUGAUAAUGCCAUUCAGCGCGGUGUGCAGGCAGGCAGGGGACCCGACGGUGUAAUGUGGUCGGGGGGAGGGUUGAUCUGUCGACUAAGAACCAUUCGAGCGAUUUGGAACUUUUAAACAGUUGUUACGAAUGCGGUCGGACAGGCGAGCGUGACGGCGGCGUGACUUCAAGAGACGUCUUCACAGAAGAAGUUGUGCGCACACAGCGAGCUGCAGAAAAUAUACAUUUAGCAAUAAGGUUGUCACUGUCCCGUACGAGACGAUGUUUCUUUUCGCGCUCUGCCUAUACCUCGGGAAGUUGGUGUCGUCCGGUGUCAGUUUGGAGUUCCGUUAUCACAACACCGUGGAGGUGGAGAGAUACCUGCGGGACGUUAACAACACCUUCGACUUCACACACCUGCACAGUAUUGGAAAGUCUGUUGAAGGGAGAGACCUCUGGGUGCUCAUUCUGGGAAAGAAUCCGGCUGAGCACCAGAUGGGAAUUCCUGAAUUCAAAUAUGUUGGGAAUAUGCAUGGAAACGAGGUGGUGGGCAGAGUUCUCCUGCUCCAGCUGAUCGAUCACCUGACCCGUGGUUACCUUAGCGACCCGCUGGUGACCCGCCUCCUGAACAGCACCCGCGUCCACAUCCUGGUUUCCAUGAACCCAGACGGCUUCGAGUCCUCCAGCAGAGACUGCAUGUACUCCCAGGGGAGGUUCAAUAAGAACGGCAUCGAUCUGAACAGAAACUUCCCAGAUGCCUUCUCUAAGAAGGAGAGUGGAAUGAGAGAGAUGGAGGUGAGAGCCAUUAUGGACUGGCUGAAGACUGAGAGCUUCGUCCUGUCGGCCAACCUGCACGGUGGGGCUGUGGUGGCCAGCUACCCCUACGACAACAGCAAUGGAGGUAGUGAGCUGCAGAGUGGAUCCAGUGUUUCCCCCGACAACGACGUGUUGAUCCAGCUGGCUAAGACCUACUCCUACACCCACAGCCAGAUGCACAAGGGAGACCACUGUUACGACUCCAAGGACUUUAAGGAGGGUAUCACCAACGGCUACUACUGGUACCCUCUACCAGGAGGGAUGCAGGACUAUAACUACGUGUGGGGCCAGUGUCUAGAGAUCACCUUGGAGCUGUCCUGUUGUAAAUUCCCUCCAGAGAGUGAUCUGCCUGGGCUCUGGGACGCCAACCGGGCCGCGCUGCUGGCAUACAUGCAACAGGUCCAUCUGGGUCAGGUGAAAGGGCAGGUGUUGGACGUGGAGGGAAACCAGAAUAGGGCGCAGAAUGCUCUCAUUUAACAGUGGAGGUGGAGGGGGAGACAGAACCUCUGUCCCUUCAGACGUCUAACUAACCGCCAUGGAGAAUACUACAGACUGCUGCUGCCAGGAUCUAUUUCCUUUGGGGUGCUGUGGACUGGACACAGUCUAGUACCUGACUGGUGGACGUUGAUGGUCCCGUACUGGUGGGGAUUCAAUACCUGGUGGACUGUCCACAACUUCCAGCUGGAGGUAUCACAAUACCUGCCACCCCUGGUCCCAGGCCCCACCCAGUCCUGCACCCCACCCCAGGUCUGGAGGCCUGGUGGCCAUACCAGCCUGGGGACUGUCACCAUCCUCCUGGUUCUCCUGGUUCUCCGGGAUACCAUGUUACUGUGA